CUGUGGCUCCCCAUCAAACCCUGACCAGCUGGAGAGCAGUGUGGGGAAGCUCUCCACCACUCUUCAUUAACUCUUCAUUAGGUGAAGCCCUCAGACACCAACUCCUGCUCCCCUCUCAGGCGAUACUUCCCACAAAGAGAUGGAUGUGGCUCCCAGGGCCCUGGCGCUCCUCUCGCCUCUGGUGCUCGUCCUGCUCAGCCUGUCGCCUGCGCCCACCUUGGGAGGAUGCCCGUCUGCUUGCCGGUGCUCUUCUGCCAUGCUGCAGUGCCUGGAGCCCAAUGGGAUAAGCAGUAUCCCGCCACUGGCGCUUCAAGAGAGUGAGAACGUGACGGAAAUCUACAUUGAAAACCAAGCAGGUCUGGAGAACAUAACAGAGGUCAACCUUGCCAACUACAGAGAGCUGAAAAAUCUAACCGUCACAUCAUGUAAACUGAGGUUCAUUUCUGCAAAUGCUUUCCAAAACAACCUGAAGCUGCAGUACGUGAACCUGGCGUCGAACUUUCUGGAGCACAUCAGCUGGAGAGUGUUUCAUUUUCUGCCUCUGCUCAACCUGAUUUUAAGGGACAACCCUCUCGUCUGCUCAUGUGACCUCUUCUGGCUGCAGCAGUGGCAGAACGAGGAUCGUGGCGACAUCGACAGCCAGAUGCUGUUUUGCUUGUCCAACGAUGAGGAAUUAUCCCUCAGUUCUUUGGAGAUCGAUAAUUGCAGUUUGCCUGAGGUGACCAUUUACGCAUCACAAUUGAAGACCAGAGAGGGAGGAAACCUCAUGGUUGAAUGCCAGGUGACAGGAAGUCCCACCCCCAAAGUGAUGUGGCAAACGAAAGAACUUGCAUCUAACUUUACUGUCCAGGAGAAAAUGACAGGCUCCACGUUAAGCCUGGUGCUUCAUCUCACCAACGUCUCCUUCAAGGACAACAUGCACAACCUGACGUGUGAGGCAGAGAACCAAGCUGGGCCCAACGAGGGGAUGGUGCAAUUGGACAUUGAGUUUCCAGCCAAAAUCAUCUUCUUCAAGGACGCCGUGAAACACCACCACUGGUGCUUCCCGUUCGCUGUGGACGGGAAUCCUGACACGUUCAUCUCCUGGUUCUUCAAUGGAGAACCGUACAGAAAAAGCAAAUUCAUCUUCAUACAUUUCAUCCCGGACUUGAACGACGGGUCAGUGAAGCAUGGCUGCCUAACCUUAAACAAGCCGACCCACAUGAACAACGGAAACUACACUCUGGUUGCGGUGAACGAGCUCGGAGGGGAAAAUGCCACGGCUGUCGGGAUGUUUAUGGAAAAUCCUUUUGAUAAAGGUGAUCCUGAGGGGAUCAUGAUAGUCUCUAAUGGGGAUCCAAGUCCGUCUAACAAACCGGUCGUGGACGUUACAGAGAAUUCAGAGAGUCGGGUGUUUGUGGUCUCUGUUGCUGUGGGCCUCGCUGUGUUCACCUGCAUCUUUCUGCUCAUCACAGUUUUGAUCAUUAACAAGUGUGGUCACCAAACCAAGUUUGGUAUUCACCGCUCAUCAGUUCUCGGUAAGGAGGAUGACCUGGCCGUCUCACUCCGCUUCAUGAAUUUUGGGACCAGCCCGCCUUCCUCUGACGAAGACUCUGGUUUAUCAAGUUUUGUGGAGAACCCGCAGUACUUCUGUGGCAUCAUCAAGGACAAAGACAUGUGUGUGCAGCACAUUAAGCGGCAGGACAUUGUGUUGAAGUGGGAGCUAGGUGAAGGAGCGUUCGGCAAAGUCUACCUGGCAGAGUGUGCGAACCUCAGCCCCGACAGCGACAAGAUGCUGGUUGCCAUUAAGACUCUGAAGGAUGCCAACGAGUCGACGCGGCAGGACUUCCAGCGGGAGGCCGAGCUGCUGACGGUCCUCCAGCAUCAACACAUCGUGCGUUUCUACGGCGUGUGCACAGACGGCGAGCCGCUGGCCAUGGUGUUCGAGUACAUGAGACAUGGAGACCUCAACCGCUUCCUUCGAGCUCACGGCCCGGACGCUCGUAUCCUGGAGGAGUCCAAGUUGCCCCCGUUGGGCCAGCUGACUCUGCCCCAGAUGCUGCAGAUCGCCGCCCAGAUCGCCUCAGGCAUGGUUUACCUGGCAUCGCUGCACUUUGUCCACCGCGACCUGGCCACACGCAACUGUCUGGUGGGAGAAGGCCUGGUGGUGAAAAUCGGAGACUUUGGUAUGUCCAGAGACAUCUACAGCACAGACUACUACCGGGUACGUAUCUGGAGGUCCACCAACAUUUUAGCUGUUUCCUUUGAUAUUUAUUCUGUGCGGUUAAGUGUUUUGCUGGAUGGACGCCCUCAUCCUCAGGUUGGUGGACGUACGAUGCUUCCAAUCCGCUGGAUGCCGCCGGAGAGCAUCAUGUACAGGAAGUUUACAACGGAGAGCGACAUCUGGAGCUUCGGAGUCGUUCUUUGGGAAAUCUUCACCUACGGCAAACAACCCUGGUACCAGCUGUCCAACAGUGAGGCCAUUGAAUGCAUCACGCAGGGGCGGGAGCUGGAGCGGCCCCGGACCUGCCCCAAGGAGGUGUACCUGCUGAUGCACGGCUGCUGGCAGAGGGAGCCCCAGCAGAGGAUGGUCAUCAAGGACAUCCACAGCCGCCUGCUGGAGCUGGUCAAGAACCCGCCCGUUUACCUGGACAUCCUGGGCUGAAGUGGGUCGAGACGCAGCCAGGGAGCAGAAAUCAAAGACUCAAAGCGUUGGGAUUUACGUUAUUCACUGUAAACGGCUUAUGUUGCUUCAUUUAAGGCUUUAUUUCUAUUUUGGAGAUGAGCUUUUUGCCCCAUUUCUACUCGACUCAGAGUCCUGCUUUCUCCCCUGAGCUGCUCUGGAAAAAUGUCAAAUGUUUACCAAAGUGUUAAAAAGUUUAUCUGCUGUGGGAUCAGUGGGAUGGGAUGGGAUGUGCAUGGAAAGUGUAACUUGAAGAUGAGGAUUUCGUAAGAUUUUGCAGCGUAAAAAAAAAGUGUUUUCUGGAUUUGGAUGCAGCAGCAAAGUGUUUGUGUAACUUAUCUGAGUGGGGGGUUCAUGUCAAUGUAAAUAAGAAAAACCCAAUGGAAGAAUGUUUUUCAUGUGUCAAAUUGUCUGUAUCAUAUACUUAUUUUUCAAAAAAAAAAAAGAAACAAAAAGAUUUGUUGAAUAUGAAGUGGAGAGAAUAAUCUCCAUGUUUACAUUUAAUGUGGACAGAAAUGCGUUUCCAGUCAGCGGCGGUUUGACCUGCGACACACACUCCACACUGGCUUUUUCUUCAAAAUUAGCAACAUUUUAACAUGCGACUGAGAAAGGGGGGGAAAAAUCAAAGCACUGCAGUGAAAUCUGGUAAGAGGGCAGGAUGGUGGGGGGGUGAAAGCCUGAGAUGGUUUGAGAGGCAACAGAUGGAUUAAAGAGCGACUCCAGGAGGGACAGAUGGCGCUGAAAGUGAAACUGGAGAAAAAAAACAAGAUCAGGUGAACAAACCACUGCAGCGCUUCAUGUAAAUACUACAUGUAUAUACGCUGCAUUAGUGUCUCAUUUAUGUACAGAAGAGAUCAGAAGUUUACAUACACUUUUUGCAUUAUUAAUAUUGGGCUGUUGAUUUAUUAUAACCAACCAGCUUUUUUUUUUUUAUCAGUCCCUGGCUCAGAUAAAACAUUUAGUUGCACAUGUUUGAAUUUGUGUUUUUUCAACUGUAAUCAAGCUCAGAAAUUCACCCUAAUCUUUUAGCAAAGCCAACAUUCAAAAACACAAAAUAUUACCAAAUAUUUUAGUCUGGUUUUUAGAGCAAAUAUCUAAGUGCACUUGAAGUAAGAAAACAACUUACAAGUGACUUUUCAGCUUGUUUAGAAUCAAUAAUUCCUUAAUAUUGAUUUUAAAAAGUACUAGUUCCAUUGGCAGAUUAUGUCACAACACAGGAAAAGUGUCUAGCAAGUAAAAUCAUUUUCCAGUGGAAUAUUCCCAAUAAUAAGAAAUUAUUGGCUUUAAACAAGCUCAUAUUUCUUGCCUAAAAGUUUCUUUGGAAUUAGC